AUGGCUCCUAUUCCAUCGCUGAAUCUACCACAGUGUGAUCCGAUGGCUUUCCACCCAAACGCCUCGACUGACUUCAUGGCCGAGAGUCCCACCUUGAGGACGAAGCCAAUACUCACAAGACCCAUGAUCGAAGCCGACGACUUUUGCAUGAAGAGCCAGAGCAUCGCACCGCUCUUAGCAUGUAUCUGGAAGUACAGCUCCAUGCAUGUUUCUUCUCCACCCACAACCAUCGAACUGGUUGCUGGCCACCGUUACUGGCUACCAUGCGGCUGUCUGGCGGAGGAAUGGAUAACCUUCUUCACAUUCGCCGAGAAAUGGCUCGACUUGGCGCCGCCCGAAGUAAGGUCAGCCUACGAGGAAGAGCAAGUCAGCAACUUUGGAGUGUGGCCUAGCUUCGCGAGGACCAUGCAGGACGAUUUGUCCACCCAUUAUGAUCUGUUUCUGCCAGGAGAGAUGUCUGGACAAUUCGUUCCCCGUGGCUUGCAUUCUCAGCACUUGCGUCGUCGCAUCGAUCCCACCAUGACCGACUCAAAGACCCUGCGGGUUACCGAAAAGACUCCAUACCUCGACGUCGCCAGGGAACCUUCAAACGCGAGUGCGUUCAACGAUGGAUAUGGUCAGGCUAACUCGGCACGCCUUGACAUUGCACAGACAACCGGGCUGAGGAGGGGUCUACUUCUGGGACCCCUAUCAGGGAUCAGUCCUCAUGCGCUACGCCAGUCGUCUGCGGCUCCGGUAGGCCUGUCCCUCCAGCCAUCACCGUUUCUGGCCCCUGUCGCCCCCCAGCACUUGUCAUCCACUCAACCUACUCAGCAUGGACCUCAAGCACGCCCGCUGUUAGCAUCGGUCCAGCCCACAACCCAAGUGCCUGUGUUUCCUUUGCAGUCUGUACGCAGCGGUGCCGCUGCUUUCGAGCAAAACCCGGCGGCUCCGCCAGUUUUCCAUCAGUUGCUUCAAGCAAAGGGGAUCAACACUGCGGGCUUCCGACCAGGAAGUGUGCUUCCUGGGGGCAACAAUAACACCGCCUGGAGUGCUGAGCGCAUCCGAGCAUUUGUCGAGAUCGAGGGUAAAAGCAUUCAACGAUUACCUUCUCUUGCAUUUUCAGUAUUCGGCACUGAGAUGACCAACUUCCGGACACCUGCAUCAGUCGACAUGCGCUGCUGUCCUUUUGAGACGUCGCUCGAGGAGAUGUUUACGUUCUUUCCGAACACUUGUACGCCUACUCGAGAGACGUGUGUCCGGGCCAUGCAGCAUUGGAGUCCCAUGGACAUAUCCCGCUACAUUAAUUACGCACACAAUACUCAGACACCGGGGAUCUGUAGUCGUUCGAAGAUCUCGUAUCAUUUUACCGCCGCUGUUGAGUGGCAGAAGGAGCAUCCAAACUUCGUUCCCACCGCCUCCCUGCGCAACGUCAGCACAGACAGCCUCUUGAAAGGCGAGAACAGGAUACUGCACGACUUCUUCCUUUACAACAUGGGUGAUGGUGUGACCCAUCCACCUGCUGGACGUCAAGCGCAAAUGUUGACGCAUGUCAUCGAGCACGUUCGGAGGGUCACUAGGGACCGCCACGUUCGACUCAGUCAAGCUGCUGCGUACGCGAGGCGAUACAGUAUCACAGUACCGGCUCAUGAACAGAUGAACUUCACAAACUUGGCUGUGGAGGACCAGUUGCCGUCGGCCGCGAGGCUGUUGACGAUGAAGGUCGACUACUGGAACAAAUUCGGUGAGCACCCGUAG